AUGAGCCAAUGGGAACAGAUCAUCACACAAUGCCCUGUGAGUACCCAGAAUGCACUGUACCACACACACACACACACACACACACACAGUCACCCUCUGGGAAAUUAAUUUUCUCCCCAGCAAAUCCUGUUGAAAUGAAUAGGGGUGCUUACUCAAUCAAUCUCCACUGUCUUCGUGAUCAUUACCUCAUUCUCAGCAGUCCGCCCAUUCAUUCUUCCCCCUCCCAAUUGGGGGGAUUGAUUUCACUUCGUCACCACUAAAUGAAAGGGUAAUUGUUGUGUGUCUGACAGACUGUAUUGCUGCCCUAGUCUUGUAUGUGGUUUCAUGUUCAACAGGUUAUAUGGUACUAGUAGACAGCCAACAGUAUCUGUUGGCAAACACCUACACACACACUCACACACACACACGCACUCACACGCACACUCACAAACAUGCACACACACCAAAGCAUUACUCAUACAGUCUUUUUCACCGUCAGACCUAAGUAGUACUCUCUACUGGUCAGAGAGCACUGGCUGUCUCCGUCUGAUGACAUCAUAGUCAGCUAAAAAACAGUGUAAAACACUGUCACUAUUACAGGUGUCCUCGCCUGUUCUCUGGCUCUGCUUCCCUCCUUUUGACGACGUCAGACAACUGCCAAAGACAAGAGGGGAACGUAAUGUUUGCUUAUGUAACCUUUAUUUAGCCAGGUAAAUCAUUGAGAACGAGAACAGAUUCUCUUUUACAAUAACGUCCUGUCAGCCAGCAGAACAAUGGAUUCCUGUGUUGCCCAGACAAACUGUGAGUCAUUUGGUUAUUAUUGUAGGACUUCCAUAGCCAUGGUUAUUAAAACACACUGACGACUGGCAGUCCAAAUACCCUUAAAGGGAUACUUCUGAAUUUUGGCAAUGAGGACCUUUAUCUACUUCCCCACUUCCCCAGAGUCAGAUGAACUCGUGGAUACCCAUUUUUAUGUCUCUGUGUCCAGUACGAAGGAAGUUAGAGGUCGUUUUGUGAGCCAAUGCUAACAUGCGUUCGUUGCGCUAAUGCUAGUUACCAAUUGCGCUAGUGCUAGUUAGCAACUUCCUUCAAACUGCACGCAGAGACAUAAAAAUGGUAUUCACGUCCAGUGAAGGCUGGUGACUUGAAAAAUUGAGGAGGAUGGGAGACCCACGGUAUAGGCGCGGUACGCACGGAGACGACAAAGUGUGUUUCAGAAAUCAUCAAAGACUAAUUAUUUUAACCUAAAGCAUUUAAUAAAGACACGUAUAGUAGAAUAUUAUGGGGAAUGGGAAUGAGAGGGUUGCACAGCUUUGGGAAGGGAUCACAGCACUGAUUGAAUGAGGGUAUGAGGCAUGAGUUGAGGUGUUCAGAGGCUUCAGUGCAGGACAGGAUUUAACUGGGAAGACAAAAAACAAUAACACAACACACUACAUAGUUAGACAAAAGAGCUAAGAAUGAGUUAGUCCAUGCAAGGAGUAAAACCAUUGAUGCGUAAUAAUGUGAUUGUGUUUGUGUAUGUGAUUGACUCUACAUACAGUAAUCAGAGAAAAUUGAUAGGGGUACUCACAGUGCUUGGAGAGGAAACAUUCAAUGUGCCAGUGGAUGAGCGGGCACAUGAGACGUGGCUUCAGUUCAUGUCAGGAAAGAGUUGACAAUGGUAAUGGAGUGGACAUCACCUCUUAAUCAGGGAACAGGAGGGGACUUAGCUGCAAAUACAAAUAGCAGAUACAUUCCAUUACAGCUGCGCCAUCGUAGGUUUGGACAACAAGUUUCUCUAUGAAGUUAAAUUCAGACAUCUCAAAAUUCAUAAAGUCAAACACAGACUGCGCAUCUCGCCCACUGGACACAUCAAAGUAGCCCAAGAAACGUUCCUGAAUAAAGCCCAGAUCAUCCACAUACCUGACGAUAACUGACAACUGCAAGCAGACUGGUGGCACCAUAGGAUCAGUUUUUCCUAAUCAGGUCACGUGGUUUUAAAAAACUCCUGGAAAAAAAACUCCUGGCCCUGGGGGGGAUGACAACUCUGUCAAACUGCAGCUACCUUAUAUUUGUUCAUAUUAAUUAUAUUUAGACUAGAUUAGGAGGGGGAUUUCCUCUACCCAGACACAUAGACAACAACUGAUAGAUAAUAGAACUCACAGGGCUGAGCUUGCUCUAUGCAUGUUUGCAUCAUGCAGGCCUAUGCAACUGUAGCCCUCAUAAAAAAUAUACUCACAUCUGUCAUCAAUAUUAUGUUGAUUGAUUAAUUCCAGUUAAUCGUUUUGGAUUGAAAACGUAUUGGCAGACUAGCCAUCACAUUCACAUUUUCUCCUGACACACUAAUGGACUAUAAAUGCAUACCGUUACCAAUUAGUUACCCUGACCAGAUGGACAGCGCACAUAGGCUGUAUGCAUCUGCUAUUAUAAGUAGCCUACAGUUGAUCAGACUGAAAAAUAAUAUUGUUUUCAUCCCGUACUGUGAUGAGUGUGAUGGAAAGGAGUCAGGCGCAGGAGGGUAAUCACCGAAUACAGAGUUUAUUCCUUCGUAGACACACAAAUGCGCUCAAAUAGCGAUCAACAAAACAGGCACAGGGGAAACUCUCAUCCCUGGCAAAUACACUGUAACAGAUAUCCAAUAAUACAUAGGCACAGGGGAAAAUCUACCCUGGCAACACACUAGGUUCAUUCUCUGAUCCUAAUUCUCUGAUUGUAUGGACAGCAUGUCAGUUCAUACUGCAAAAGCUUUGAUUGGAGGACGUCCUCCGGAAGUGGUCACAAUUACCAUGUAUGUCUAUGGAAGGGGGUGAGGCCUACGAGCCUCCUAUGUUUUGUAUUGAAGUCAAUGUAGCCAGAGGAGGAUGGAAGCUAGAUGUCCCCCGGCUACACCAUGGUGCUACCCCAGACAGUGCUGUUGAAGUUACUGCAAAACAGUGUAUUUUAAUCAAUUAUUUGGUGACAUAUGAAUAUAUUUAGCAUAGUUUUAUCUAAAAAGGAUAACUUUCUUAAUGUUUCACUAUUUUUAUUUUUAUGAAAUUUCACUGAGGAGGAUGGUCCUCCCCUUCCUCCUUUGAGGAGCCUCCACUGCCACGAGUUCGUCUGACUCUGGGGAAGUAGAUAAAGGGCCUCAUUGCCAAAAUCCUGAAGUAUCCCUUUAACUGUUAAAAGAGAAGAGACAGGAAUAUUGGGGAUAAAAAUUACUACAAAGUCAAUGAUGCUUUUGUGAUGUUACUGCAUGGAGAUGUAUGAACAUUACCCUAAUAGGCUUUUGUGAUUUUAAAGUGGUUUUCCUCACCAUGGAACUGAACUUUCAGAGAACUUAGAGGAUAGAUGAAGUUUAUAUUUGACAUAUUUUUGUGGUUAAGAUCUGGAUAGGGACCUGUUCCUAGGUGUAAUGUGUAGUAGCUCAGUGAGUGGGUAGACAGGAGACAGCUUUACCAACCUAUUCGCAAAACCAUCUGGUGCUGGACUGGACUCCCUGUGGAAAUAAACAAUAGGGAAAAAGUUUUUGUUAAAGUUUUAAGAAGUUUGUAUUUUUUUAGUUUUAAGUUAAGUAAAAUAAAUCUUAGUCACCAUGUUCACCGAAUGUAUUUUUUAGGCAAUUAAACUACGAAUGGAAAAACUGAACCUGGAAUGAAAUGGAAGCAUCCUAUUCACCUUAUGUUUUUAACAUUUCAAACUGAAACUGAAAUUGAAUGGAAGCAUCAUAUUCCCUCCCCCUCUACAGCACACUGAUUUCAAACCCAAGAAUAAAUUGCACUUUCUCUAAUAUGUGUGAGAAACGAUAGAGAAGUCUGCUGAUGCAAUUCCACUGAGACCGUGAAAUAAUCAAUUAUUCUUGCUGUGAUGUUUCCUAGCGUAUAUAUGUAAUACAAAACACUUUUCUUCCCCCCACAAACUAUUGUUUUAUCUAGCCCUCGCCUCGGCAGCAAAAUAUCACCCUUUUGUCCAUCCCUCUAUUCAAGCCUUUCAUCUCAUUAGCGUCUAUUCAAGCCUUUCAUUCAUUAGCAUCUAUUCAAGCCUUUUAUCGAUUAGCAUAUAUUUAGCCUUUCAUUUCAUUAGCAUCUAUUCUAGCCUUUAAUACCAUUAGCAUCUAUUCAAGCCUUUCAUACAUUAGCAUAUCUUCUAGCUUUUUAUAUCCUUAGCAUAUACUCUAGCAUUUCAUCACAUUAGCAUAUAUUCUGGCCUUUCAUCUCAUUUGCAUCUAUUCUAGCCUUUCAUCUCAUUAGCAUCUAUUCAAGCCUUUCAUCUCAUUAGCAUAUAUUAUAGCUUUUCAUCUCCUUAGCAUCUAUUCUUUAUCCGUCUUAGCUAAAAGAGAUGCAAUAUAGCUCUCUCCCUUUCUCUCCCUCCCCUCUCUCUCUCUUCCUCUCUCUGGUCUCCUUCUCUGCUCCCCCUCUCUCUUUCUUUCGUUCUCUUCCUCUCUCUCUCUCUCUCUUUCUCUCUCUCUCUCUUCUUCUCUCUCUCUCUUUCUCUGUUGCUUCCUCUCUGAUCUCUCUCUGCUCCCUCUCUCGCUCUCUCUCUCGCUUUCUCUUUCUCUCGCUUCCUCUGUUCUCUCUCUCUCUCUCUGUGCUCUCUCUCCAUCUCUGCAUCAUCUCUCUCCAUUCAUGAGAAUCUGUUUCUCUCAUAGUAAGGUCUUCCAAUUUAGACUGUCGACUGGGUUCAAUUACCAAUAAUAGAAGGGCAGAUUUUAUUUCAGUUCAGUUCAGUUUCAGUUCAAAAUGUAUCCACUCACUAACUGUAAAUCGCUCUGGAUAAGAGCGUUUUUUUUCUCUCAUCAUUCAUUUCCCUUAUGUUUUACUCAGCUGAACUAUGUGUUUUGUCCCUUGUGAAUUAUAAUUUAAAAAAUCAUACUAUCUUUUUAUUUAUAUAUCUCCUCCUUUGGAUACAUCUCAUGGUGUCCAUAUCUCUAUAUCUCUAUAUCUACAUAUCUCUAUAUCUCCAUAUCUCCAUAUCUCUAUAUAUCCAUAUCUCCAUAUCUCUAUAUCUACAUAUCUACAUAUCUCUAUAUCUACAUAUAUCUAUCUCUCCAUAUCUCUAUAUCUCCAUAUCUCCAUAUCUCUAUAUAUACAUAUCUACAUAUCUACAUAUCUCUAUAUCUACAUAUCUACAUAUCUCUAUCUCUCUAUAUCUCUAUAUCUACAUAUCUCUAUAUCUCCAUAUCUCCAUAUCUCUAUAUAUCCAUAUCUCCAUAUCUCUAUAUAUCCAUAUCUCUAUGUCUGCAUAUCUCUAUAUCUCCAUAGAUCCAUAUCUCCAUAUCUCUAUAUAUCCAUAUCUCUAUAUCGCCAUAUCUCUAUAUCUCCAUAGAUCCAUAUCUCCAUAUCUCUAUAUAUCCAUAUCUCCAUAGAUCCAUAUCUCCAUAUCUCUAGUGAUUACACAUGAAUACCAGUUUUAGUCAUCGUCCCUGAUGGUGCACAUUUAUCUCUCUCCCUAUCUGUUCCUGCCAUCCUCCCCAACCUCCUCCCCCUAUUCCAACUCCUUCACUGUGUAUUACCCAUGGUGCAUCAGAUUUCCAUCUCUCUCAUUCUCUCUGUCCCUAUAGCCAUCAUUCCUUUCUGUUGACCUCCACCCUAGUUUGAAGUAUUUUCUCCCUGUGAUCUCCCCAGGUGCGUAAAGUGACAGUGGAUGGAGGGUUUGGGCAGUGGUCAGGCUGGGGGGCCUGUAGCCAGACUGAUGGGGGCAGUGCUGGUUCCUGUCUGUGUCGGACCAGGCCUUGUGAUAACCCCACACCCCAGUGUGGGGGUCAGUCCUGUCACGGACUCAGCGUGGAGGUCGCCAACUGCUCCAGGUAUACAGUCUGUCUGUCUGUCUGUCUGUCUGACUGUCUGUCUGACUGUCUAUUGUUCUGUCUAUGUUCUGUCUGUCUGUCUGACUGUCUGUCUGACUGUCUAUUGUUCUGCCUGUCUUUCCAUUGGUAUUUGUCAAUCAAUCCAUCUGCCCUUUGCUCACACAUACUCUAAAAGCUUACAGUUCAUGUUUAAGUUAAUAAAUGAAAUACAGUGUGUAUUUUAUUCGAUAGCAGAAACAUUUACUCAAUAGCAAGCGUUCUGUCUUUCUCCACCCCUCUCUCUCUAUGUGUGUGUGUGUGUAACCCUGUGGUCUGUGGUGUCUCCAUAGGAACGGUGUGUGGAGCCCCUGGACUCUGUGGGUCCCCUGCAGUACCAGCUGUGGCAUUGGCUUCCAGGUCCGACAGAGGUCCUGCAGCAACCCCACCCCGCGCCAUGGAGGACGAGUGUGUGUGGGGCAGAACAGAGAGGAAAGGUAG